AUGGAAAAGCUUCCUGGCUUAAAAGACUUCUUUAUUCUAUCUCGAACGCUAUCUUCAUCUGGUGCCAAAAUCUAUGACAUAGCCUUGCCAUUGCUCAAGCCUGAGCAUGCUCAGGAGGUUAUACUUGAACUAGCUAAUCGGGGACUGCGGGAAGAUUCAAAGGAAAGGGUUACGAAGCUCUCUCCAUAUCUUGAAGUUCACAUCAGACUUCUUGGUGUUGUUGGCCGCUUUCUCGAGUCUAUGAUAUUUGAGAUGGCUAUUCUUGGUUGGGCUGCUCAGAAUGAUCAAGACGUGUUCGGCGAAAAAUUUCACUACGAAGGAUUCCGUUACUUCUUGAGAAAUAUGCAAUACCAAUCGGAACAUUGCCGGACACUUCUUUUGCAAACACAAAAACAUAUUGACAAGAAAUACCACCGUUACUUCAAGCAAUUCGAGGAAGAUGAAAAUCGCGACCUUGUUCCUGAGCUGGUGGCAUAUUCUUUGUUUGAAUGGCCUGUGGACCGUACAACCACACUGGGAAAGAGGAAACGAUCAGUUGAUGAAUUGGAGAAGAAGGACAUGCUGUUCUUAGAUGGAGACAGCAAAAUUAAACUGCCAUUUAUCACACUCGCUCAUCUCUAUGGUCUUCUGAACCCUAAUCGCAUUGCAAAAGUCCGGCUCCUCGAUUCCUUGGAUAGCGCACUCUCAUGGGGACAAGCAGAGUAUCUGACUCUCUCUGUGAUCGUGUUUAAACUUUGGGCGAUCCACAGAAGAUUAGUUACUGAAGGAGAAAUUAAGGAAAAUGACGAAGGCUACUGUCAGCUUUCUGAACUUGUACCGCUACGGGAGAACCAGUCAGACAUCCAUAUCAGGUUUCCACCUUGGUUUGUAAUUCGUAAGACUGAGCACCGAGUCAAUAAGGAAAGUUGGCAAAGUUUUUAUCUAAACGCUCGUUCGCAGUCAACAAAUGAGAAUGCUGUUGAAAGCAAAUCAGCGUUAAUGUUUCCAUCAUACCUUUUGAAAACUGAGCGCGAUAAGUGUCCUAACGAGAGAGAAUAUAUUUUCAUCAUUUUUACAGAUUACAAGGAGCGUGGUGAUGUUGGCCUGGGCCCUAAGAAUAACGAGCUCAAUUUGGCAUCGCCCGAAAUGUCUGUAGUAACUGUAUACUCCACUACGGUUCAUCAAUAG